AUAAUGAUAUAAAAUUAUAGAUUGUGUUCUUAUGGUAGCGGUACCCACACCCUUACUCUCAAUCUCAAAAGCCUUCAUUCUCAGUCAUGGAUGUAGCUCAAAACUCAAAGGUUUCCCUGCCAACUAUGUAUUAAUUUCUUUCUUCCUCUGUUUUAUUUAUUACUUAUUUUUAUUGCAGGGGAAGAAGAAAGGUAGGCCAGCAAAGAAGGAAAUUUUGUUUAGAAAAGAGACGUUGGGAUUGAGCCUAGCAAAUCCAGGAAAGCAAGCUAAUCCCCAAAAAAGACUUGUAAUAGUCAUUGCAUUUAGACGAAAGAGAGAUGGCAUUGUCAUUGAUGGUCCAUGUAAUACUACUCAAGCUCACUCUACUACUUACCAACGUGCAAAAGAGGUUCAAGCUACCCUAUCUCCUCUAUUCCCAAGCCUUAUUAAAUCCAUGCUUCCAUCUCAUGUAACCGGAGGCUUUUGGCUUGGUCUUCCCACAAAAUUCUGUCAGCUGCAUAUGCCCAAGGUUGAUACUAUCUUUUCUUUGGAGGAUGAAAGUGGGCAACUUUAUGAAACCAAAUAUCUUACUCAAAAGGCAGGCUUAAGUGGUGGAUGGAGGGGGUUUUCCAUGGCUCAUAACUUACUUGAGAUGGAUGUUUUAAUAUUUCACUUGGUCCAACCUUCCAAGUUUAAGGUGUACAUCAUAAGAUCUCAGGGAUCGGAUGAAGUGGAUGGUGCUCUGGGUCUUCUUAAGUUAGAUGAAUGUAGAAAACAAACGGAUGAAGUGAAUGGUGUUCUCGAUACUACUGAAGGAAAUGAUCAUAAGAAUAGCGAGAUGGUUUUUGGUGCUAAUGUAUCUCAAUUAGAUGAGGUUGAAAAUACUAGUGAAGAUCUAGUCUCUGGAAUUAAAUUUUCAGAAUCUGUUGUCAGUUUCAAGCAAGUGAAUGGUGUGGAGAAUUUCAGGAUUGUGGUGAAUGGUUUGGUUAUUGAUUCAGAGUUAUCCCAAUAUGAUAGAGGCAAGUAUUAUGAGCUGUGUUUGAGCCAGGGGUCGUUUCUUCAUGAGCAGCUUUUUGAGGGUCUUAACUCUAAACUGGCGGCUGGAAUAAUCUCUGAGACCAUUAACAUUGCAGAUGCCAUUAAAGGCAGCAACCUUACAACCUCUCCAGAUGGUUUUGCCAUAUGGGACAAAACUCUGAAAGCCUUUGGGACCAUGGGUAUGAACGUCGGCUUCUUGCUCAAUCGGCUAGACCAGCUCAUGAAACUAGCUUUGAAAUUGAUGAGGUACAAAGAGGUAAUACUUGAAAGGGACCGUGCUGAAGAGGAGUUGAAAGCUCUGGAAGCAAAACUAGUGCAAGUAAAACAAACCAUAAAUAGACUUGACCAAGAGACCGACAUACAACGUAUGCACCCUGAUAGGCUCAAGACUAUGUUCCAACAAUUGGCUCAUGCUCCUUGGUAAUGUUAGACAAUCAAAGUUGUUGUUUUGGAUUAGGAUAAUGAGAGAGGGUAAGAUAUUUUGUUAUUUUGAAGGACACCUAAAACUAGUUCUCUUUUCUCGUU